AUGUCCCACCAAGACGUUCAUCCAAACAAAUACUGCAAAUUGCGAAGUACUUAUAAGUACUAUAUAGAUAUAUAUAAUGCGUUGUAUCAGUCGAGAAAGGAAAAAGAAGAAUUAAACUCGAUUUACAGAAUGAUCAAAACAGAAUUGAUUGAUUCAAAUAAAUAUCCUCCCGAAAAUAUGAUAAAAGACAUUUUAAAUUUCAUUCCGUUUAAUAAUCGCUAUGCAAAGUCAUAUUUAUAUCUUGCCAAACUCAUAUUUGAUGAAUAUCAUGUCAAAGAGGUUGAUUGUAUCAUAUUUAUUUCAAACAUCCUGUUUUUUAAAGAAUAUGGAAUUAAAUUAGACAAAUCUGAUAACUUCGAAAAAGAUGAUUUUAAUUAUCUCGAUAUUCAUACAGAGAAUACAAUAUACAGAGCGAUUAUGAAUAACGACAAAGAAAGAUUCAUCAUAUUCACGGAAAGAGAUGGAUUUGAUAAAGAUCAAACACUUAAAUGCUAUUUAUAUCCAAAUUCUUUCAAAGGAUAUUCACUGCUUGAAAUAUGUUGUUACCAUGGAGCAGUUGAUUGUUUCAAGUUAUUAAGAACGAAAUUUAACUCAGAAAUAACUCAAAGAUGUCUCGAGGUUUCAUUUUUAGGUGGAAAUCCAGAGAUCAUGAGUGAAUGCUUGAAAUAUCAAAAACCAAAUAAAACAUGCAUGGAAUAUGCAAUUAUUUCACGCAACAUUGAUUUUGUUACUUUCUUGAUGAAUGAAUACAAUAUAGAGAUCGAUUUAAAAUAUUGUGCACUUUUCAAAAAUCUUGAAUCUUUUUUAGUUUAUUUCAAUCAAACUAAUGAUUUUGGCAAGUGCCUUGUUUAUUCACCGAUGUUUAAUAUUCCAUCCCUUAUCGAAUACUUCCUUUCACAUGGUGCAAACAUCAAUAAAACAAAUAAAGAUGGAGAAACAGCACUUCAUAUUGCAGCACGGUAUAAUUGUAAAGAAAUUGCCGAAGUUCUCAUUUCACAUGGUGCAAACAUCAAUGAAACAAAUAAAGAUGGAGAAACAGCACUUCAUAUUGCAGCACGGUAUAAUUGUAAAGAAAUUGCCGAAGUUCUCAUUUCACAUGGUGCAAACAUCAAUGAAACAAAUAAAGAUGGAGAAACAGCACUUCAUAUUGCAGCACGGUAUAAUUGUAAAGAAAUUGCCGAAGUUCUCAUUUCACAUGGUGCAAACAUCAAUGAAACAAAUAAAGAUGGAGAAACAGCACUUCAUAUUGCAGCACGGUAUAAUUGUAAAGAAAUUGCCGAAGUUCUCAUUUCACAUGGUGCAAACAUCAAUGAAACAAAUAAAGAUGGAGAAACAGCACUUCAUAUUGCAGCACGGUAUAAUUGUAAAGAAAUUGCCGAAGUUCUCAUUUCACAUGGUGCAAACAUCAAUGAAACAAAUAAAGAUGGAGAAACAGCACUUCAUAUUGCAGCACUGUUUGAUAAUGCAGAAAUUGCCGAAGUUCUCAUUUCACAUGGUGCGAAAUAA